AUGCGCAAGUGCUUCAGCACAUGCGCGAGAGUUCUCAGUCAUGAAAACCCCUUAGGUCUCCCUCGGUCCCCUGCACCAGGCGGCAAAGGACUACCACCGAGCAUCCCACGCGCGCAACGCGGCCUCCCUCAAAAGCGCCCACUCCGCAAUGUCAGACACACCAUCGCCGUCUCCUCCGCCAAAGGCGGCGUCGGCAAGUCCACGCUAGCUGUGAACCUCGCGCUGUCCUUCUCGCGACAUGGUCUGCGGACGGGGAUUCUGGACACGGACAUCUUCGGCCCGUCGGUGCCCACGUUGCUGGGACUAUCGGACGCAGGCGAACCAAGCCUCACGCAGCAAAACAUGCUGGUGCCGCUGACGAGCUACGGGCUCAAGAGCAUGUCCAUGGGCUAUUUGUUACCGAGCGAGUCGGCACCGGUGGCAUGGCGCGGACUCAUGGUGAUGAAGGCCCUACAACAACUUCUGCAUGAAGUCGACUGGUCUCCGGGUCUGGAUGUGCUUGUCCUCGACCUCCCGCCCGGCACGGGUGAUGUGCAGUUGACGAUUGGACAGCAAGUAGAGAUGUCCGGGGCCGUGAUCGUCUCGACUCCGCAGGACAUUGCGCUGAAGGACGCCGUCAAGGGCGUCGAAAUGUUCCGCAAGAUGAACAUCGAGGUGCUGGGCAUGGUGCAGAAUAUGAGCGUCUUCGUCUGCCCGCACUGUCACCAGGAGACCAGGAUUUUUGCCGCCAACAGUCACUCGCAAGACUCCCACUCUCACAACGGCCUGAGCGGGGCUGAGGCCAAAGCGGCGGACUUGGGCGUUGAUUUUCUCGGCGACGUCCCCCUCGACGCGAGGAUCUGCGCCGACGCAGACAGGGGCAUGCCCACCGUCGUCGCCGAAGAGGCCAGCGGUGUCAAAAUAAAUUCCGGGUACUAUGAGCGUAUUGCCGAGAAGGUUGCCCGGAAGAUCGGGUUGGGUUGGCAAUGA